AUGGCUGCCUCCACUAUGGCUCUCUCUUCCCCAACAUUCGCUGGCAAGGCCGUGCAACUUGCUCCGGGAGCCACCGAGCUCUACGGCAAUGGAAGAGUCUCCAUGAGGAAAACUGGGGCCAAGCAAGUUUCCUCCGGAAGCCCAUGGUACGGCCCAGACAGAGUUAAGUACUUGGGCCCAUUCUCUGGUGAGCCCCCAAGUUACCUAACCGGUGAGUUCCCUGGUGAUUAUGGUUGGGACACUGCUGGGCUUUCAGCUGACCCAGAGACAUUCGCCAAGAACCGUGAGCUUGAGGUGAUCCACUCCAGAUGGGCCAUGCUCGGAGCUCUUGGGUGCGUUUUCCCCGAGCUCUUGGCCCGCAACGGUGUCAAGUUCGGUGAAGCGGUGUGGUUCAAGGCAGGAGCCCAAAUCUUCAGCGAGGGCGGUCUUGACUACUUGGGCAACCCUAGCUUGGUCCAUGCCCAAAGCAUCUUGGCCAUCUGGGCUACCCAAGUCGUGUUGAUGGGUGCAGUUGAGGGAUACAGAAUUGCUGGUGGGCCACUUGGAGAGAUAACCGACCCACUUUACCCAGGUGGAAGCUUUGACCCAUUGGGCCUAGCUGAUGACCCAGAGGCCUUCGCUGAGCUUAAGGUGAAGGAGCUCAAGAACGGUAGAUUGGCCAUGUUCUCCAUGUUUGGUUUCUUUGUCCAGGCCAUUGUCACCGGAAAGGGACCAUUGGAGAACCUUGCUGACCACCUUGCAGACCCAGUCAACAACAACGCCUGGUCCUAUGCCACCAACUUUGUCCCCGGAAAGUGA